GGAAGUUUUGGGCUCACGACGCGAUUAACAAAGAAAUUUUGAAAAGUCCCAAUAUUAUUUUUCGAGUUUUUAAGUUUCUAAACGAAAUUUAAGCAAGAUGCCGAAGCCAGUAGCCAAUCAGGAGGAUGAGGAUCCCACCCCAUACCUGUUCGUGUCUUUGGAGCAAAGGCGUAUCGAUCAAUCGAAACCCUAUGACUCCAAGAAGUCGUGCUGGAUCCCCGACGAGAAGGAGGGUUAUCUCCUUGGUGAGAUCAAGGCCACCAAGGGCGAUAUCGUCUCCGUUGGUCUGCAGGGUGGAGAGACACGAGACUUAAAGAAAGAUCUGCUCCAGCAAGUGAACCCCCCGAAAUACGAAAAAGCCGAGGAUAUGUCCAACUUGACAUACCUUAACGAUGCCUCUGUGCUCCAUAACUUGAGACAGAGAUACUACAACAAGCUGAUCUACACCUACUCCGGUCUUUUCUGCGUUGCCAUCAAUCCUUACAAGCGCUACCCCGUGUAUACCAACCGUUGCGCUAAGAUGUACCGUGGCAAGCGCCGUAAUGAGGUGCCACCCCAUAUUUUCGCCAUCUCUGACGGUGCCUACGUCGACAUGUUGACCAACCACGUGAAUCAAUCUAUGUUGAUCACCGGUGAGUCUGGUGCCGGAAAGACUGAGAACACCAAGAAGGUCAUUGCGUACUUCGCCACCGUCGGUGCCUCCAAGAAGACCGAUGAAGCCGCCAAGAGCAAGGGCUCCCUGGAAGAUCAGGUGGUGCAGACCAACCCUGUGCUUGAGGCUUUCGGUAACGCCAAGACCGUGCGUAACGAUAACUCCUCCCGUUUCGGUAAAUUCAUCCGUAUCCACUUCGGCCCCACUGGUAAACUGGCUGGUGCUGAUAUCGAGACCUAUCUGCUGGAGAAGGCCCGUGUCAUCUCCCAGCAGUCCCUGGAGCGUUCCUACCACAUCUUCUACCAGAUCAUGUCUGGCUCCGUUGCCGGUGUCAAAGACAUGUGCUUCCUCUCCGAUAACAUUUACGACUACUAUAACGUAUCCCAGGGUAAAGUAACUGUACCCAACAUGGAUGACGGUGAGGAAUUCCAGCUUGCAGAUCAAGCCUUCGACAUCUUGGGCUUCACCAAGCAGGAGAAGGAGGAUGUGUACAGGAUCACCGCCGCUGUCAUGCACAUGGGUGGCAUGAAGUUCAAGCAACGUGGUCGCGAGGAGCAGGCUGAGCAGGACGGCGAGGAGGAGGGUGGCCGUGUGUCGAAGCUGUUCGGUUGCGAUACCGCCGAGCUGUACAAGAACUUGCUGAAGCCCCGCAUCAAGGUCGGCAACGAGUUCGUCACCCAGGGACGUAACGUCCAGCAGGUCACCAACUCGAUCGGUGCCCUCUGCAAGGGUGUGUUCGAUCGUCUGUUCAAGUGGCUGGUGAAGAAGUGUAACGAGACUCUGGAUACCCAGCAGAAGCGUCAGCACUUCAUUGGUGUACUGGAUAUUGCUGGUUUUGAGAUCUUCGAGUACAACGGUUUCGAGCAACUGUGUAUUAACUUCACCAACGAGAAGUUGCAACAAUUCUUCAACCAUCACAUGUUCGUUUUGGAGCAAGAAGAAUACAAGAGGGAAGGCAUUGACUGGGCCUUCAUCGAUUUCGGUAUGGACUUGUUGGCCUGUAUCGAUCUGAUUGAAAAGCCCAUGGGUAUCUUGUCCAUCCUGGAGGAAGAGUCUAUGUUCCCCAAGGCCACCGAUCAGACCUUCUCGGAGAAGCUGACCAACACCCAUUUGGGCAAGUCGGCUCCAUUCCAGAAGCCCAAGCCUCCAAAGCCCGGUCAGCAGGCUGCCCACUUUGCCAUUGCCCAUUAUGCUGGUUGUGUGUCCUACAACAUCACCGGUUGGUUGGAGAAGAACAAGGAUCCUCUGAACGACACCGUUGUCGACCAGUUCAAGAAGUCGCAGAACAAGCUGCUGAUCGAGAUCUUCGCCGAUCACGCCGGACAGUCGGGUGGCGGUGAACAGGCCAAGGGAGGUCGUGGCAAGAAGGGCGGUGGCUUCGCUACCGUCUCGUCGGCCUACAAGGAGCAGUUGAACAGCUUGAUGACCACUCUGCGCUCUACCCAGCCUCACUUCGUCCGUUGCAUCAUUCCCAACGAAAUGAAGCAACCUGGCGUGGUUGAUGCCCACUUGGUCAUGCACCAGCUGACCUGUAACGGUGUGCUUGAAGGUAUCCGUAUUUGCCGUAAGGGUUUCCCCAACAGGAUGAUGUACCCCGACUUCAAGAUGCGCUAUCAAAUCCUGAACCCAGCUGGCAUUGUUGGCGUUGAUGAUCCCAAAAAGUGUGGAUCCAUCAUUUUGGAAUCCACCUCAUUGGAUCCCGAUAUGUAUCGCAUUGGACACACCAAGGUGUUCUUCCGCGCCGGUGUCCUGGGUCAGAUGGAGGAGUUCCGUGAUGAGCGUCUGGGCAAGAUCAUGUCCUGGAUGCAGGCCUGGGCCCGUGGUUACCUGUCCCGUAAGGGCUUCAAGAAGCUCCAGGAACAGCGCGUCGCCCUCAAGGUUGUCCAGCGCAAUCUGCGCAAGUACCUGCAGCUCCGUACCUGGCCCUGGUACAAACUGUGGCAGAAGGUCAAGCCCCUCCUCAACGUCAGCCGCAUCGAGGAUGAGAUUGCCCGUCUGGAGGAGAAGGCCAAGAAGGCUGAGGAACUGCAUGCCGCUGAAGUGAAGGUCCGCAAGGAGCUGGAGGCCCUCAACGCCAAGCUGUUGGCUGAGAAGACCGCUCUGCUGGACUCCCUGUCCGGCGAGAAGGGUGCCCUGCAGGACUACCAGGAACGCAACGCCAAGUUGACCGCCCAGAAGAACGACCUCGAGAACCAGCUGCGCGAUAUCCAAGAGCGUCUGACUCAGGAGGAAGAUGCCCGCAACCAGCUGUUCCAGCAGAAGAAGAAGGCCGACCAGGAGAUCUCUGGCCUGAAGAAGGACAUCGAGGAUCUGGAAUUGAACGUCCAGAAGGCCGAGCAGGACAAGGCCACCAAGGAUCACCAGAUCCGCAACUUGAACGACGAGAUCGCCCACCAGGAUGAGCUCAUCAACAAGUUGAACAAGGAGAAGAAGAUGCAGGGCGAGACCAACCAGAAGACCGGUGAGGAGCUCCAGGCUGCCGAGGACAAGAUCAACCACUUGAACAAGGUUAAGGCCAAGCUCGAGCAGACCCUCGACGAACUGGAGGAUUCGCUGGAGCGCGAGAAGAAGGUGCGCGGCGAUGUUGAGAAGUCCAAGCGCAAGGUUGAGGGCGACCUCAAGCUCACCCAGGAGGCCGUUGCCGAUCUGGAGCGCAACAAGAAGGAGCUCGAGCAGACCAUCCAGCGCAAGGACAAGGAGCUGUCCUCCAUCACCGCCAAGCUCGAAGACGAGCAGGUCGUUGUUCUGAAGCACCAGCGCCAGAUCAAGGAACUGCAGGCCCGCAUCGAGGAGCUCGAGGAAGAGGUCGAGGCUGAGCGCCAGGCCCGCGCCAAGGCUGAGAAGCAGCGCGCCGAUCUGGCCCGCGAGCUCGAGGAAUUGGGCGAGCGUCUGGAGGAGGCUGGCGGUGCCACCUCUGCCCAGAUUGAGCUCAACAAGAAGCGUGAGGCUGAGUUGAGCAAACUGCGUCGCGAUCUUGAGGAGGCCAACAUCCAGCACGAGUCCACCCUGGCUAACCUGCGCAAGAAGCACAACGAUGCCGUCGCCGAGAUGGCCGAGCAGGUUGACCAGCUCAACAAGCUGAAGGCUAAGGCCGAACACGAUCGCCAGACUUGCCACAACGAGCUGAAUCAGACUCGUACCGCCUGCGAUCAGCUGGGUCGCGAUAAGGCUGCCCAGGAGAAGAUCGCCAAGCAGCUGCAGCACACCCUCAACGAGGUGCAGUCGAAACUGGAUGAGACCAACAGGACUCUGAACGACUUCGAUGCCAGCAAGAAGAAGCUGUCCAUUGAGAACUCCGAUCUGCUCCGCCAGCUGGAGGAGGCAGAGUCCCAGGUGUCUCAGCUGUCCAAGAUCAAGAUCUCUCUGACCACCCAGUUGGAGGACACCAAGCGUCUGGCCGACGAGGAGUCGCGCGAGCGUGCCACCCUUUUGGGCAAGUUCCGCAACUUGGAGCACGACCUGGACAAUCUGCGCGAGCAGGUUGAGGAGGAGGCUGAGGGCAAGGCCGAUCUGCAGCGCCAGCUCAGCAAGGCUAACGGUGAGGCCCAGGUGUGGCGCAGCAAGUACGAGUCCGAUGGCGUUGCCCGCUCUGAGGAGCUGGAGGAGGCCAAGAGGAAGCUGCAGGCCCGUUUGGCCGAGGCCGAAGAGACCAUCGAGUCGCUCAACCAGAAGUGCAUUGGCCUGGAGAAGACCAAGCAGCGUCUGUCCACCGAGGUGGAGGAUCUGCAGCUGGAGGUCGACCGUGCCAACGCCAUUGCCAACGCUGCCGAGAAGAAGCAGAAGGCCUUCGACAAGAUCAUCGGCGAGUGGAAGCUCAAGGUCGACGAUCUGGCUGCCGAGCUGGAUGCUUCCCAGAAGGAGUGCCGCAACUACUCCACCGAGCUGUUCCGUCUUAAGGGCGCCUACGAGGAGGGCCAGGAGCAGUUGGAGGCUGUGCGUCGUGAGAACAAGAACCUGGCUGAUGAGGUCAAGGAUCUGCUCGACCAGAUCGGUGAGGGUGGCCGCAACAUCCAUGAGAUCGAGAAGGCCCGCAAGCGCCUGGAGGCCGAGAAGGACGAGCUCCAGGCCGCCCUCGAGGAGGCUGAGGCCGCUCUUGAGCAGGAGGAGAACAAGGUGCUCCGCGCUCAGCUUGAGCUGUCCCAGGUGCGCCAGGAAAUCGACCGCCGCAUCCAGGAGAAGGAGGAGGAGUUCGAGAACACCCGCAAGAACCACCAGCGUGCCCUCGACUCCAUGCAGGCUUCCCUCGAAGCCGAGGCCAAGGGUAAGGCUGAGGCCCUGCGCAUGAAGAAGAAGCUGGAGGCUGACAUCAACGAGCUUGAGAUUGCUCUGGAUCACGCCAACAAGGCUAACGCCGAGGCCCAGAAGAACAUCAAGCGUUACCAGCAGCAGCUGAAGGACAUCCAGACUGCCCUCGAGGAGGAGCAGCGCGCCCGCGACGAUGCCCGCGAACAGCUGGGUAUCUCCGAGCGUCGUGCCAACGCCCUCCAGAACGAACUGGAGGAGUCCCGCACUCUGCUGGAGCAGGCCGAUCGCGGCCGUCGCCAGGCCGAGCAGGAGCUGGCCGAUGCCCACGAGCAGCUGAACGAAGUGUCCGCCCAGAACGCCUCCAUCUCCGCUGCCAAGAGGAAGCUGGAGUCCGAGCUGCAGACCCUGCACUCCGACCUGGACGAACUCCUGAACGAAGCCAAGAACUCCGAGGAGAAGGCCAAGAAGGCUAUGGUCGAUGCCGCCCGCCUGGCCGAUGAGCUCCGUGCUGAGCAGGACCAUGCCCAGACCCAGGAGAAAUUGAGGAAGGCCCUCGAGCAGCAGAUCAAGGAGCUGCAGGUCCGUCUCGACGAGGCCGAGGCCAACGCCCUCAAGGGAGGCAAGAAGGCCAUCCAGAAGCUGGAGCAGCGCGUCCGCGAGCUCGAGAACGAGCUGGAUGGUGAGCAGAGGAGGCACGCCGAUGCCCAGAAGAACUUGCGCAAGUCCGAGCGUCGCGUCAAGGAGCUGAGCUUCCAGUCCGAGGAGGACCGCAAGAACCACGAGCGCAUGCAGGAUCUGGUCGACAAACUGCAACAGAAGAUCAAGACAUACAAGAGGCAGAUCGAGGAGGCCGAGGAAAUCGCUGCCCUCAACUUGGCCAAAUUCCGCAAGGCUCAGCAGGAGCUUGAGGAGGCCGAGGAGCGUGCCGAUCUGGCCGAGCAGGCCAUCAGCAAAUUCCGCGCCAAGGGACGUGCCGGUUCUGUCGGUCGUGGUGCCAGCCCAGCGCCGACAGCGUCAAAGGGCCGCAAGAGCGCGCUGCUGGAGCAGUAGAAACUUUCUUGAAACAUUUCCCCGUGCGACGUCCGUUAGGCCACAGUUCGACGGAUUGGCCUUCCCACCACGAUUCGACCUUGCUCCUGAAAACGAAUUCUAAAUGCCAUUUCAUUUUUUAAUUUAUUUUAAAUGAUAUUUCAUAAUGAUUAUGUUUAUGAUUUUAAUAUAAUUUCUUAAUUUAAAAACAAAAUAAUAAAACUAUAACAAAAUAAAUAUCGAAAACGACGGGAGGCAAACCACCAACAACGCCAGAUGCACUUAGGCAAAAAAGGAAAUCAUAUAACAACAAUCGAUCAUCAUCGAUUAGCAUACAUACAUACAUAAGUGAUCAGUAACAGGCUAUUGUGUAAGCGCGACAUUUGCCAUGGGGACACUACUCGCUGGACCUGUAUUUGUAUUUGUAUUUAUAUAUUUUUAUACAACUCUCGAAAUGCAUUCAACCAACUAACUAUCAAAGAACCAUCGGUUCUCAGUCGAACAACAUGAGAUGAUAAUCGCGAAAUGUGAGCCCCGUCAAAAUGAAGGCCCCGCGGAGGUGUCCGCCGGUAAAUGUCGCCCGCAGUUCGAAUAUUUUGCUCUAUAUGUACUCCCAAUAUUGUUUGUCAUGCAGACCAGACAAGACAUACGGACGACACGAGCUACACACUGCGCUUAUGUUUAUGUUAAAUUCAGACUCUAUCAAGCAGUGAUAGGGAGAUAAGAUCAUCACUUGACACUAAAUGAAAAGUAUACAAAAAAGGAACAAAAUAAAUGUAAAUCAAUUUAA